AUGGCUUUGGAGGACCAGCAACGCUUGCUGUUUGCCCGAGCUGCUGCUCUUAUCACGGCUAUGUAUGCAUUCUUCUUGACUAGGAUAAGAAUGCAACGUAGUUCAAGGCCACAGAUCAGUUAUGGCCCUUUGAGUGCCAUGGAUGAGGAACGCCAAAAGAACCUGGACAAAAUUUACAAUUGCACUGAUAUAGAGUGUGUUGCUAUGCUUCGCAUGAGAAAAGCACCUUUUUUUGCACUGUGCAACUUGCUUAGGGAAAGGCAGUUGCUGUCAGAUAGCCUUCAUAGUUGUGUUGAAGAGCAGCUAGCAAUGUUUCUACACAUUGUUGGCCACAACCAACGCUUUAGAGUUAUUCACCAACAUUGGAGAAGGUCAAUAGAAACAGUGCAUAGAUAUUUCAAGGAGGUCUUGUAUGCUAUUGGGGAACUUAGGCAAGAAAUGAUUAGAGCUCCAUCUAAUGAGACACCAGUUAAGAUAAGCAAUAGCCCAAGAUGGUACCCAUAUUUCAAGGACUGUGUUGGGGCAAUAGAUGGGACUCAUGUAUAUGCUAGAGUGCCAGCAAAGAUCCAAGCAGCAUUUAGGGGAAGGAAGCACUACCCCACACAAAAUGUCCUUGCAGCUGUUGACUUUGAUGUGAAAUUUACUUAUGUCUUAGCUGGUUGGGAAGGGUCUGCUCAUGAUGCUACUGUUCUUGCUGAUGCACUAGAGAGGGAGGAUGGGUUAAGGGUUCCACCAGGAAAAUUCUACUUAGUAGAUGCUGGAUAUGCUUGUCGUCCUGGAUUCCUUCCUCCUUACCGUGGUACUAGGUACCAUCUGAAAGAGUAUGGUGCUAGGAACUACCCAACCAACCCAAGGGAGUUGUUUAAUUUGAGGCAUUCAAGUAUCAGAGUAUCUGUUGAAAGGGCUUUUGGUGCUUUGAAGAACCGUUUUCGCAUCAUUGAUAAUAAACCAUUUCAUCCCUACAAGACACAAGUCAAGUUAGUACUUGCUUGCUGCAUAUUGCAUAAUUGGAUACUUGGGCAUGGGGUUGAUGAGGUAGUUCCUACUGAGUUCUCAUGGGUGCCCAACAAUAAUGGUAGUCCUGCACAUGGGGUCCAGAUGGAUGACAAUGCUGUUUGGGCUCAAAGUAGGGAUGAAUGGGCUGAACACAUGUGGUCCAAUAGGGGCAACUCUCACAUCUAA